AUGACGACAACCACAGAGCCAGAGCGCGUCCCAGAGUUCGAGACCCUGCAGGUCCACGCAGGCCAGACGCCCGACUCGGCGACCCUGGCCCGCGGCGUGCCAAUCUACCAGACCUACGUCUUCAACUUCCGCAGCUCGGCCCACGCCGCCCGCCUCUUCAAUCUCGAGGAGGAGGGCGAGAUUGCCACCCGCACGGGCAACCCGACCACGACGGUCGUCGAGCGCCGCAUCGCAGCGCUUGAAGGCGGCGUGGCGGCCGUGGCAGUGGCUUCUGGCCAGGCUGCCGUCUUCAUGACCAUGGUCGCCCUGGCUGGGCACGGCGAGAACAUCGUCGCCAGCAAGCACUAUUACCACGGGGCGUACAACCAGUUCUCCUUCCUGCUGCCCGAGUUUGGCGUCGAGUGCCGCGUGGUGGAGGAGUCUGCCGAGGCGGUGCGGAAGGCCAUCGAUGAGCGCACCAAGGCUGUCUACAUCGAGACGGUCGGGCAUCCCAACUUCAAUGUGCCCGACAUUAAAGCCAUCGCCGAGGUUGCGCACGAAGCUGGCGUUCCGCUCGUGGUUGAGAACACGGUGGGCUGCGCGUACUUCUGCCAGCCCAUCAAGCACGGCGCCGACAUCGUCGUGGAGAGCAUGAGCAAGUGGAUCGGCGGCCACGGCAGCGCCACAGGUGGCAUCAUCGUAGACUCGGGCAACUUCAACUGGAAGGACUCGACGCGGUUCCCGCAGUUCAACAAGCCCUGCCCCGGCUUCCACGGCCUCAACUUCAGUGACAAGUUUGGACGGGAAGCCUUCAUCAUGCGCAUCCGAGGCCAGAUACUACGCGACGUUGGCUCGUGUCUGUCUCCGUUCAACAGCCAGCAGUUCAUCCUCGGGAUUGAAACGCUAAGCUUGCGGUGCGAGAGGCACGCUCAGAAUACGAUUGCCCUUGCCACGUGGCUGCAGAAGCAUGAGAACGUCGAGUGGGUUUCGUACCCGGGCCUUCCAAGCCACCCGCAUUACGAGCUCGCGCUCAAGUAUCUCCCUCGAGGCGCCGGAGCGGUGCUCAUGUUUGGCAUCAAGGGCGGGGCUGAUGCGGGCGAGCAGUUGGUUGACAACUUCAAGAUGAUCUCGAACAACCCUGGAUAUGGCGAUGCUAAGACAACUGCUAUCCAUCCCUGGUCUACCACGCACAAGGUAAUGUUGCCGCAGGAGAAGAUCGACCUCGGUGUUGCACCAGAGAUGGUGAGGGUCUCUGUUGGUAUUGAGCACAUCAAGGAUAUCAUAUAUGAUAUUGAGCAGAGCAUGUGCGUGAGCCCGGCGGUGCCAGGUGGGAAAUAA